GUACAACUGAAUCCCACACUGAAGUCUGUGGAGUGAGUUAUGUCCUGAGCAUCGGAAAGCGUGCCCGUGUGCGUCGUUAAUGACCCUCUUAAUGAUGUAUUCUUCUUAUCAGAAUAAGUAUUUAGCUGCACUAAGAUAAUUUUUUUUAUAAAACUACACAUCCCAGAGCAAUAUGGGGAAAAAUUCCAUGAUCGAUCACCGUAUUUCUAAAGGAAACUUGAAUAGAAGAUCGGUUUUUAAUGGGAGCUAAACCACGUCUAUUAACUAACACAUAGAGGAAAGCGGCUGCCCAGAGUUUGAUGCUGAAGUAUGUAAAAUUGUAGUGUAAGUUGUGGUCUCAAGCGUCGCGGAUGGUGAUCACCAGUGAGCCUUGCGUCAACGGCUACGCCGGCGUGGAUAAUUGACGUCGUGACGAGUUGUUAGUAGGUUCUUUGACUAGGUAAGAAUUAAGCAAAAAAUCUGAUGGAGUCUGGCACAAUUACCUGCAGCUUCAAUUCGAGUGUCAUUGCCAUGAAUGCUUUCCAGGGAGCCAGAUCCCCCAUACAGAGUCAAUGCAAAGCUGCAGGCUAGAGCUCUAGUACAUUCAAACCUGGCAGCCGUGCUGGAGGGUGGGGGAGAUUCAUAGUAUGGACGUCGAUGAGAUCCACUGUGACCUUUCUUCAUGCUUUCACGUGCUCGCUGCUUCAAACUUCAAACUUCAUGCUGCGUGUGAGAGCUGCUAUGUGUACGUGAUAUAGUGUUGGCGACUGAUGUCGGUUUUGUUUGUCGAAAGCCUCACGCUGGGUUCAGGCUUCAGGAGUGCCAGGGACACGAUAACUCUCGACAUGAUGCUUGUGUGGGAGUACAUCGUUGUAGAAUUGGAGUAAUCUCACUGGCUAGAGAUGACUACCAGGAGUCCCUUCACUAUCAAAUAGGUUGCGUCGUCAGUGAGUUGCACUUAUUGUGUUGAUUUGUUGCUUCUGUGUGCUUGUCAACCCACACUUCGAAAGCUUGGCCUUAUUAAAUGCAACAGAUGCCUCAUGAUUUUUUAAUCUUCCGUAGGAAUGUUGGAGGCAUUUUAGCAAUUUGAAGGUUUGCUCCGUACGUCAGUCGAUCGUAAGUACUGUGAAAAUCGUAGUUGGAUUGAUGUCGUCCCCUUUCGAGGCACUACUGUUGUGAUCGAUCCCUCCAACUGGUAAUUCUUCGAAAUAUACAUUGAUUCUUACUGCUGAUAGUGCUAGUGCAAGGAUUCAGGGGGAGCUCUCUGCGGCCCAGAGCUGGAUGCAGCCGUGAUGCAACAACCUCUGGAUCGCGGCUUUAAAUGGAAUUGAUCAUAUAUGUGGUGUUUAGAAUGCAUGGAAGCUAGAAGACGACGUCAUGACAGUGCCCUGACGGAGACGCUAUCUGGUGAAAUGCCAACCGUGCACACAAUGCCGGUUAGGCCACUCAUGUUGCUCUUCGUUGCGUUGAUUUUGUGCCUCCACCCCCAUGCCUCCGCCACUCCCUCAGAGGCUGCGGUGUUUGCCCAACUGCGGGACAUGUGGAAGGCAGCUCCCAGCGUCGUCAAGUUAUGGGUGGAGGCUGUGGACGCUUGCCAUGGACCCUGGCCCGGCGUCGGAUGUGCACUGAGCGACAGACCGAAUGUGCAAACUCCGUGCUCCAUUCUCUAUUCGAACUGCACCGUCAUUACUUUAAAGAUUCCCAACGGAAACCUAACUGGGGACAUUCCACUUAUUCUUGCGGGACUGUCCAACCUUCGGCACCUGGAUCUUCGAGGGAAUUUACUGAAAGGAAGGGUGACACCCGAGCUCCUCAAUAGCUUCCCGAAACUUUCUUUUCUCAACUUGUCGGAGAAUUAUUUCACUGGGACAAUCCCGCCAGCGCAGGAUGCGCCGUUCAAGUUUGGCGCGUGGACGAAAAAUUGCUUCUCUUCACAGAGCUCCUGCCGCCUUGCAUCGCAGAUGCGAUCCAUUGAAGAGUGCAAGCAGCACACAUCCCUACAGCUUCAACCCUGUGUUUCCUGGACUCGGACGCACCUGCUUCUGCUCAUCACAGUCGUUCUCAUUUGUCCCAUGGUGGUGAUAGCAGCAGUGUCCACCAUAGCUGUCCUUUACUGGCGAAGCCGCUCAAUGGAAGCCGAUCAGUUCUGGCAGCUCAAAUCCUCAAUGAGAGCAAACAUAGAGGAGCCCUCCCAGCCCUCUAUAUGCCGUCAAUUCACGUACCAAGAGCUCGACUCUGCGACGAACGGCUUCCAUCCCAACUCCCUCCUGGGCGGGGGCACGACAGGGUUUGUGUACCAAGGGAAGCUGGAAGAUGGUACCACCGUGGCGGUGAAGCAGCUCGACACACGAAACUCGGGAAUGCUCGUCAAUGACGAGUUCUGGAACGAGGUAAAGGUGCGUGGCAUCAUCCGGCACCCCAAUGUAGUGGCACUGCAAGGAUUCUUCAAGGGAAUUGGCGGCUGCGAUCCCAUGCUGGUGUGUGAUUACAUGCCCAACGGGUCCGUUCUCGACCAACUUUUGAGUGACGACACGUUCCUGCGUUGGCCUCGACGGUACAGCAUCGCCCAUGGCGCAGCGGUUGGGUUGGAGCAUCUUCACGAGCACUGCACGCCUCCGAUUAUCCAUGGAAACCUUAAACCUAGCAACAUCCUCCUCGACAGAGAUUACACAGCGCGAGUGGGGCAUUUCGGAUCCGUGCGCAUGGCGAAAGUCUCCCACCGGACUGUGAUUUCAACGCUCGGGUUUGUGGAUCCGGAGUACGGCGUGACCGGGAAACUCACCGAGAAGAGCGACGUCUUCAGCUAUGGCAUGCUGUUGUUGGUUCUCGUCAGUGGGCGGCGCAUGCUGCAAUCGCAGCCAUCAGGGAAGCCGCAGUUGCUCAACUGGAUGCAGCUUCUUGCGAAAGCCGAGCUGGCUGACCUCGUGGAUCCACGUCUGGAGGGUAAUUUCGAUAAACACGAAGUGAGCUUGUGUGCACAGAUAGUCCUCUUGUGCACUCGCAUCCAGCCUGAGCUUCGACCCACCAUGUCCGAGGUGCGGCGCAUUCUCGAAGGAACUAUGCAAGUGCCCAUCUCUGGAAGCUUGGAUACUCCCAUGACAUCCUCGCACACCAGCUUUGUUACCAUGAGCCACUUCUCAGGCAGCUUCUACGGCACUAGUGAAAGUCUCUAAGCGCAGUAACUGUAGUAGAUCGUCCAAUUUCUACCCCAACACGUGCAAAUUAUCACUAUCAAAAGUGAUUCGAUGUCCAUAGUUGAUUGUUAUAUUAUUGCACAGAAGAUGGUCUACUCAAAAGUUGACAACAUGUGAAUCCGAUUGAAGUAAUAACGAAAUUGCAAAAAUCCUAGACCAGUACAGUCUGGUGUACUGGAGUGUAGAGCAAUGGGGUAGAUUCUCAUUAAGUGUGCACUUCAAGCGCAUUUGACCUCCAUAGACAGCAUUGAAUAAAAUAGCUUAUAUCCUACAGCUACAAUUCAAGCUA